AACCAACGGGUUGGCGGUAUGGAGUUGAAGCAGCGCAUAGAGUACUCGUACUCCUACUUAUUGACAAAAAAGACGAGCCGGAACAAGAAGGAUUGCGUACCCAUCUCUUCGUGUGUGCCUGUGAGAGUGCGUGUGGGUGUGUAAAAAUAUUGCCUCGUUAUGGGGACAAGAGCAAGCGGAGGCAAUGAAUUCAUAAUGAAUCGCAACCGCGGACAACGACUCACAACCCACGAGGAACCUCAACGGCAAUCAAAUCCUUCGAAUCCUCCUCGGCUCCAACAACAAAACCAGUAUCCUAGCUGCGCUUCCCAGACCCUAGAGGAAGAAAUCAUCCCAUUUCUAUUGAUCUGCCACAUCGCCAUUGCAGCGGUAGCGAUUUUUUCUUUUCUUGGAUAGAACGGAAAGAACGAAACGAACACACACAAUGUACCAGGUCUUGGACGUUCUGCCAGGCUGGAUGGCCACCUACCGCCAUUGUACCGAGCCCCUUGGGGUCGGCUGUGUUGGGGCCUUUGCCUACAACGUCGAACAAGACGGCAACAACGAAGACGGCACCAGCGACGACAGCAACACGAUCGUGGAAAAUCGUUGCCCGGUCGAGGCACGGCAGGACGGCGGCAGCAGCUGCGAUGAAAGGCUCCUGGAAACCACUCUAGAAGAAUCGGGGAUCCGCGACGGCAACGCCUGGAGAGACCUGUGCUUUGCAUGCACCAGAGUGGGGGAGGUGGCCGGUAUCCACGACGAGAAUGGAGCGUCGAACGGCCCCAGCAACAGCAACGAUGAACACUCACUCUUGGUCCAGACCAUCAAGGUUCGCGAAAAUGACAUUUCGGCGGGUAGCACACCCUCCCAAAACUCUGCCAACCGCAGUGGGGACAACCCCCGAAGCGAUGCCAUUGGAGACAACAGUUCCGACAGUAGCACCACCAAGAACAAAAAAGAGAAGAUCAAACGUGAGAUCGAUAGUAAUGACAAAGAGCAAACUAUUGUGGUCGAGACCAUCAAGAUCCGCACGGCAGACUUUCUCGAGGACCGAGAACCAUUCUCCACCACUCCCGACCACGGUGAUGCCAAAAACACCACCAUCCACGGCAAGACUGGCACGAAACAGAACCUCUGGCCAAUCGAUCCCCCCGGGCACGUCGGCGACAAAAAGGAAAAACAGAACGGUUUCCACAAGCUCUUGCUCUUCCACCACAAGCUCAAUAUCAAUCUGCAAAACCACAUGCGCCAGCACAAGGAGCGCCAGCGUAUCACCAGGGGCAGGAUCAGACGCAAAGACAAAGAGAGCUGGACCAGAAACGAGCGGGACCAGGCAGAGGAACAAAUGCUGUUGCUAACCCCACGAGCCCGAACCGAACCUAGUUGCCGGUUGUCCAGCAACCAAACCCAUCCCUGCCGGCUAGAAUCCACCGCAGCGGAUGUUGACUUGCACAUGGCUACCGAACCACCACUCAAGCGUUCCCACUCGUCCCCCCAACCAACGCUUCAGAGGUCCUUCCGUGGCAGCAAGAGCCACAAGCUGUCGCCUUUCCGAGUGGCUCGGUCGCUGUCCUUUUCCGUGAUGACAUCGCCGUUUGGAAAGAGCAAGAGCCACAAGACUGGCAAGACCCCGCGCUUCGAGUAUUUGAAGGAUACCGAGUAGCGCAGUGAAGGAGUGAAUCAAUCUUUGAGCAACAAGGCGCUGCCCUGAUCGACUUUGCGCAACAAACUAUUGAGGAUCGUCAUUUCCUUCGGGGUCAUGUCCAAGUGUCUCUCUUGUCGUGGAGAGGGAUAGAAUCAAAUCCAAUCGAACUCAACCCAGUGCAAUUCCUAUCGUUUAGACGUGUGGAAAGUUGAUGCAAUCCAUGAUUGGGACAUCGCCCUUUUCUAUUCCGCUUUCUUCUGCAACUGCGAAUUGUAGAAUAGAAUCGUUCGUUUCCCGGGUACUAUGGUAUGGGCACAAAACACAAGACAGCUACUGAACGUGGAAGAAUCCAAUUCUAUACUUUUAUGCGACAGAAUAUGCUCUGGUAUGGUUCAAUAUGGCAAAAUGUGUCUUUCGGGGAUGUUCGCUAGCAGUUGUACAACACACAGCAAAACACACACAACUAAUUUAAAGCAUCAAGUUUUUAAUGGUAAUGUCUUGAUUAAACGUGCGAAGCACCA